CUAACGCGACUUCAUGACUACCACCUUCACGUAUGCGUACAUGCAGCGUUGAAGUAGCGGGCUGUGACGCUCUGGAAGUAGAAGGCAAGGAAGAGACCUACAAUUGCAGCAAACGCAGCACGCAAAAUUUCCCUCGUGUAUCGAUCGAACUGCAGGGAAAUUAAGUGGGAAAUAAAUUAAAACAGAGACGCAGCGAAGAUGUCUUCCAACAACAACGAAGACAGGUAUGACAAAGACACCGACCCUGAAAAAAAACGCGGCGACCAAGCUGGUGAGUCAAAGAUCCUUUGUGUUAAUGAGAAUCAGAACCUGCCCUCCACGCCGCACUCCAAUAGCGACAAUUUGCAACAAACGCACAGCACUCCGCCCGAUGGCAUUGACAGAAAUGAAAAUGUUACAAGUCGUGACGCAAGACUUGGUAUGCCUGCCCCUAAUCACAUGUUGUCUACCCCAGUGGCUUCACAGCAAGGACAAAACAGCGACAACGACAAACAUAGUACAAAGGACAAUAAGGUUGGCAAUAACAACGAGGACGGGGAGGGUAGGAUAAUCGAGCCACGUACAUACGACGUGCUCUUUGGUCGUGGCAGGCCGCUUCAGAAACACCCCGGAAAUCUAAGGUUCCACAAGAUCGUCAACCGGAACCGAGAGACCUACCUCAACUCGCGAAAGGAAGACAAGACCAGGAUUGCACGAAAGGUUAUGGACGAGAUCAUAACCAGCAAAAUAAAGAAAAGAGGAGGAAGCAAAAGCAGCAACAACGACGGCAAUGGCGAGCUCGGAAACGCCAACAAUGAUGGCAUCGAGAGCGUCGCCGCCUCAAAUACGACUGAGAUGCCCGAAAAUACCACCAAGAAAGCCACAUGCGACGACGGCGGGGACGGGGUAGACUCGCCAUCCUCGGGGGGGGAACCCGGCAGGUUCCUGAAAAAGGUCACCGAGCCCAGAGACUCCGGGAUGGACGUGUACUGGGUCGAGGUGACCGAGGAGGUCGCCAUCGAAAAGAUCAGCCACGCACUACGGGGGCGUCGCCGCGCAGAAACUCGGAGCAUGAACAAGAGUGGGUCCUCUAACAGCGACAGUGUCAACGCCGCUGGAAAGUCCAAGCGAAAGGGGCCCCCUUCUCCCCCAACCAAUGAGGCCACUCCCAGCCCCGACGACAUCGGGUCCUCCGAUGGUGCCGGGAGCAGCAACGUGAGCGAGAAGGGCCGAGAGAGCUCUGGAGAGUCCAAGCGCAAGGGCCACGGGCCCCUGUUGCUCCAAACCGGAGAGGCAGUACCAAACCAACCGCUGGGAGCUCCCGGAGAGAGCCUAUCGUCGGAUUCUGACGCCAUAAGCACGGAUUCCCUGCACCGAUCCAUCGGCCAGGAAAUCCAUCAGUCGGGCAAUGCCAACACUAUUAUCUCCCUAAUCCUCUCGGAUUUAUCAAAUCCGUCGGAGCAUGGAACUGGCCAGAGCAUUCUGCCGUCCCUGGAAAAUCAGCAUCGGCAGCCCCUGCUGAUUACCUCCCAGCUGCAGCAGCUCCGGGCCGCCCAACCCCCGCAGCAACAAUUGCUCCAGCAGUUAAUGAACCAACAGCAGCAGCAACAGCUGGUGGAUCCAAGAGUCAUCGGAGCAACGUCACCUAGCGUGAUGGGGCCAGAGCAGCAGCCGCUGCUCAACACCGGGGUACCUGUUUUAGCCCAGCAGCUGCAGGCCCACCUCCUCCUGCAGCAGCGGCAACUUCAGCAUCUCCUUCAACAACAACAACAGCAAAUGGCCGCGCAGGUCUUUCUUGACCCACAGUUACAGCAGCUUCUGCAGCUGCAACAGCAGCAGCCACUACCACUGCCCACAGCCCAAUCCAUAUCGCUACCGCAGCAACAGAUCGAUGCCAACGUGACCCGGGCCAUAGCAGCAAUCCAUUCCGCAACGCAGUUCGCGAGCGGGGCUGGAAGUAUCACAGGUGCCUCCGCCGCAGACAACCAGACCAACAUCACAGAGGCUCUCAUUAUGGGGGCAACCGCGAUUCUUGCGGCACAGCAAAGUGCUGCCCAGAACCAGCAGGCAUCAAACCAGCAUGAGAUCCCACAAUUGGCAGCAGCGGGGGCGGCAAUCUCCCCACAGCAGCCUUCAAACGGAGGCGUCCAAGUUGCACUCGGGAGUAUUGCAUCCGCUGGGUAUCAGUCGCAGCAGCAGCAACAACAACAAACCCUAAGCAUACUGAUGUCUUUACUGGCCCAGGAAAACACUACGACGUCCUCACAGCAGCUGCAACAGCAACAGCAGCAGCAGCAGCAGCAGCAGCAGCAGCAAACACAACCCCCCGGUGGUCCUCCCCAAAGUUAUACUUGAAGAAUUCGAAUCAAGUUGAUCAAUCUUA